GGAUAACGGUACUGUCUGGUUAAUUUUCAUCAACUCGUAUCACACAAAUACGAUGAAUUCGGAUUUGAAAAGACCUGGAAAGCUCUUCAUUGUCCCCUGAACUCUGAACUCAAGAGUGAGAUUCAACCAGUUGCCUGACAAGAAGUGCAAAAGGCUAGGAGGUGUCAACCAUGCGGACCCCAUACAAGGUUGGGAUGAUCAUCGGGCUAGCCUGGUUGGGCAGUCUGAUAUACCUCACAACGUCUUUCUUCCCUUCUAUGGAGUCUGGGGAAGAAAGACGUAUCAAGUCUGCAGAGAUAGAGAAUCUUGCCAAGGAGCUAAUCAAUGUCAGGCAGCAGUAUGAAGAACUGAAGAAACAUACUCAAGAAUUAAAAGACCUGGUCGCUAGUUCAUCUAAUAAUGGUGCUAAUGAAGGAGGAGAUUACUGGAGAAGCAAAUUAAAAGAUGCAGAAGAAAUUAUUUCAAGAAUGGAAAGAGAAAAUAAAGGAAAAAUUCAGGAUACGAGGCAACAGGAACAGGGAUCAGAUUCAAAUUCCAAUUCACAGUACUGUGGGUCUGAGCCUUCCCUUGCCUAUGAAAAGAUACGAAGGAAAAUUGAUAACGGGGUAACAGAGAUCUGGUACUAUAUAAGGUCACAACUCACUCAACUCAAGAAGUCCAGUGGAGAUCAGAAAACACAAGUCAAAAUUGACCAGAUUCUAGAAGAUGGUGGAGAACAGCAAAGGUAUGUCUUUGUUAUUAUUGAUUUCAUGACAUCUUAUUCAUUUGAAUUUGUUGCCAUGGAGAGUCUAUACAUAAAAAAGCCAAUUUGAUAUACUAAAACCUUCCUCACUCAACCUCAAAUUCCACACAUGAACCCUAACCUUUUUAGCAAUGUUCUAAUCCUCAAACACCAUGGUAAAUUUAAAGCAUCUUUAAGAGAAAUAAUUGUAAAGGCAGAAGCUUUGUGUAGAGAGCAAAUUUAUAUCUGCUAGAUCAACAUUAAACAUAUUUUUAUGAUGAUACCACCUAUUUAUUUUUUUAAAUGAAAAUUAUGUUAUAAAAUCUGACUGCAUGUUUUAUUUUUAUUUUAAUGAAAAUAUCUAAAGUGAGAUGAACUGACUCCAUUACUUCAUGAUAGUUAUAUCAGUUCCGUGGUCACAUUUUGUGUUAUCCUCUUAUUCUUUAUCAUAGGCCUUCCUUUAUAAACUUCAAAACAUAACCCAAAUAACUGGCAAGUAACUUGAUAUAGGCAUAUAGGCCUGCAAAGUACAUGUACAUGCAUUAACUAUACAAAUUUGAUAGAUGUAGAAUGUAAUUGCCCAAGGCUGGCUGUGUAAUAUGAUUUAGUCAAAGGUUAAAAAGUUAAUAGUCACUAUCUAUCUCAACCCAUCUGAAUUAAAGGUAGUAACAGUUGGUGCAUUCACACGUGCCAGGAUCACAAAAAAUAACUGAUAUUUUUUUUAAGAAAUUUUACCAAUAUCAGAAGAUACCAGGUAUGUUGCUAGAGCGAAAACAAGGUACUCUUACUUUUCCUGAAAGAAAAUGAAAUUUUGCAGGGAAAUUCUCCAGGGUCACAUGGAUAUUUAUAUCGUGAAGCAGAGAACUGCUUUGUGCAAGACAAGAAAAGUUUGCAUAUAUGGCAAUAUAUGUGUAGUACAGAAUUUCAAAAUAAAAAGGAACUACAAGUAUCACCAUAUGUUUUAAGAUGGGUAGUGGGCUCUUGAAUAAUCAGACCAGCCAGCAGAACCAAGCCCUGGCCACACCUGACUGAUAAUUAGUCCUUUUUACAGAGCUAGGCAAUCAGUGAGUAGCAUGAUCUUAUACUGCACAGAAUAGAUGCUCUGGUAUUUAUAAUUUUAGGACUGAUCAAAGUAUCAUCAUUUACAGGUAAUUUGUUAUUAUGCAGGUGUGAAAUCACCAAAAAUAAUAUUGAACUUUCUUGUAAUCCACCUCUACUCCCCCCCC